AUUAAUGCUUAUUGCCAACAACGAUCCAAGAUGGCGGACAGCCAUCAAGAAAAUGAGGAUGAUCUAGUGAUCCCAGAUACAAAUGAGGGGGAUUCCAACGACAACGAAGACGCAGAUGAAGAUCUACAGGUUGACUUAGAUCUUGGUGAACUGGACCUCACAUCUCAGGAUGAAUUUAUUUUAGACGAAGUUGAUGUGCACAUACAAGAAAAUCUAGAAGACGAAUUGGUAAAGGAAGCUUUGGAAAAGGGAGUAGACCUCAGGCAGUAUUCAAGACAGAUUGAGGGAGACCUACAUGAAGUCGAAAAUGCAUCAAUUCUGGACUAUAUCAAAGAGAGUGAGAAUAUUGCAAGCCUUCACAACCAAAUUGCUUCCUGUGACACCAUUCUUGCAAGUAUGGAAAAGAUGCUCACAAGUUUCCAGGAAGAUCUUGGUAGCAUAAGCUCUGAAAUCCAAACUCUUCAAGAACAGUCUCUGUCAAUGAACAUAAAACUAAAAAAUAGACAGGCUAUCAAGGGUGAAUUGAGUCAGUUUGUUGGUGAAAUAGCAAUACCACCCUCCAUGGUUUCACACAUUUGCGAUACGCCGGUGACCGAGCAGGCAUUCAUUGAACAACUGCAUGAGUUACACCACAAGAUCGACUUUGCGAAGGAGCAAUCUUUUAAGGGGGCUCUAUCUGUCAAUGAUGUGGGAGACGAAUUGGAGAAGCUGAAAAGUAAGGCGGUGCACAAGAUACGAGACUACGUGUUGCAAAGGAUAUACCAAUUUCGUCGUCCGAUGACAAAUUAUCAGAUUCCACAAAAUGCUUUGCUCAAAUUUAGGUAUUUCAAUGAAUUUCUUAUGGCGCAUCAUCGUCAAGUUGCACGAGAAAUAAGGGAUGAGUAUAUCGACACGAUGAGCAAGAUUUAUUUCUCGUAUUUCAAAACGUACAUUUCCAAACUUCUCAAGCUGCAAUUUGAAGAGCAGGCUGAUAGAGACGACCUUAUGGGAAUAGAGGAUAACGCAAAGAGAGGUAUUUUCUCUGGAAGAGUUGCUUUAAAGAAUCGUUCCACAAUUUUUACUCUUGGAAGCCGAGGCAGUGUUUUAACAUCAGAGUUAGAGGAACCCGUGAUCGUUCCUCAUGCGGCGCAAAAGAGCGAAAAGAAGUAUUCCUUUGAGAGUCUGUUCCGCAGCAUGCACUUUGCUUUACUGGAUAACAGCUGCCGUGAAUACCUAUUCUUAGCUGAUUUUUUCAUGGUACAGAAAAACUCAGCAAGGGAUCUGUUUACCGCCGUGUUUGGCAAAACGUUAUCCUUAUUUCUUAAACAAAUGGACACAUACUUGGAGAGCUGUUUUGACGCUAUUGGAAUUUUCCUUUGUAUACACAUUGUACACAGAUACAGAAUACUUAUGCACAAGAGAAGCGUCCCGGCUCUCGACAAGUAUUGGGACACAGUACUGGAAAUGUCAUGGCCCCGUUUUACGUAUAUAGUGGAGUUAAAUGUGGACAGUGUUCGUAACACAGAUCCCCAAAGACUUGGAGUGAUCGACAUCAGACCACAUUACAUAACCCGUCGAUAUGCAGAGUUCUGUGCCGCCAUUGUCAGCUUGAAUGAAAGUUUUCCAGAUGAGAAGGUAAACAAAGUUCUCGCAGCUUUGCAAGUCGAGGUCGAGAAUUUCAUUUUGCGUAUGGCCGCCGAGUUUCCUUUGAGGAAGGAACAGCUUAUUUUCUUAAUCAACAACUACGAUAUGAUGCUGGCUGUUUUAUUGGAGAGAACAUCAGAAGACUCCAAAGAAGUGGAAAGUUUUCAGCAGUUACUCACGGCCAGAAUACAGGAGUUUGUUGAAGAGGCUCUUUCUCCCGCUUUCGGUGGAAUGAUUGCCUUCGUUAAAGAGACAGAGCCUCUUUUGGAACGAGGACAGGGACAAGUUAUCAGGCCAGAUGAAAAACGGAUUCAACAACUUGUACGUGGUUUUGCAUCAGACUGGAAAAGAUCAAUUGAAAAUAUAAAUCAAGAGAUAAUGAGAUCGUUCUCCAACUUCAAGAAUGGCACAACAAUUCUACAGGCUGCUCUGACUCAACUCAUCCAGUAUUAUCACAGAUUUCAGAAAAUAUUAUCUCAACAUCCUUUCAAACGGCUACCCAUCCGGAGUGAACUGAUUAACAUUCAUCAUGUGAUGGUGGAGGUCAAGAAACACAAAACAACCUUUUGAAUAAUCAACGAGGCUUCUGAGUGGAACCUCCAAGCUCUUUCUUGGGUUUCGUGGUAGCAAAAUGCAAUCAUACCGCGAAAGUCCUGCUUCGAUGAGUGAGGAACAAUUUCAAAAGCCGGCCCGACAAGAGCAUCUCGAAACUUUUUAGUAUCUCAGCCGCACGAGGUUUUUUAGUUCAAACGUUGAACUUUCUGCGACCCGAAACUAAUACAUUCAUUAAAAAUAUUAGGAGCUUCUCGUCUGAAUAAAUUAAGUACGGCGUUUCAAAUUACAACGGGUUAGUCGUAUUUCCUUUCUGGUCGAGUUGCGAAUUUCGACUUUGGAACGCCCUUGAUUCGAAUGGCACAGAGUUUUUCACGUCACGAACCUUCUGCGUUAUCCAAAAGAGGAAGCAUUUGUAAAUUCUAACGUAUUUUGCGUUUUAAUCUUACUUUCAAGAGAGUCCAGCACAUUUAAAAAUUUAUGUUCCUAUUGUUGUUGAAGUUUUUGAAACUUCUCACAGAAAUUGUAAUUGAGAAUGAGAUUGGGCCUAGAAUGUAAUGAAAGAGUUUAAUAGGAUUAAGGGCAAUUGAGAAUGUCAAAGAUCGUCUUUGUGCAAUGUUUUAGAAAGGUAUGAUAGUUGUACUAAGUAAAAAUCACUGCACCCAAAAUGUUUGAAAAUGAGUCGGACAUGGUACCUUCUCAACAAAAACAGAAACUUAACCGACCUAUUCCUUCGGUUUUUGUCAUUACUAUUAAUUGUUCUUGUUAUUUUUAUUAUUAUUAUAGUUUUUGUAGUUAAUAUGAACAUGUCGCGUUACGGAAAGAUUUCGUUACCCUGUCAAAGCCCAAAAAUAGAACACGUUGAUGAUGUAAUAUUUUUUGCUCCAAUGAAUGAUGGUAUAGGGGGGUUUCCCGUGGUAAGUUUGUGGAAAACGAGCUGUGUAUUUGUUUCUCCGGGCAGUGCUUCGCCGUUAGGAUAAACAGAGAUUGUUUGGAAAUCGGCAAAAUUUUGUAUUCACUUUUAUAGUGAUGUAGUGAAGAUUGUUGCAUAUGGAAUUAAUUUUUAAGGUAAGACAAUGUAAGCCUUCUAAAAAAUUGUUGUAAAAUAUGUCUAUUCAUUUUGGUGUUGUUGAACAAUAAGAUAUUUCACAUGUUCAUGGGAUUGUGAAUUUGUAUAUUCUAAUUCUGAUGAGUACGAUAAUCUAAAGUGAGAAGAAUGUGUGCAUUUGGGGGUAUCUGACGCUAUUCGUGUUUUUCCUAGAACUCAGAAAUUAAAGUUGUUCGGAAUAUAUAAUUUUUAACGCUCGAAUGAGAAGAUGGCAAAUAAAACUCACUA